AUGCGGCUAGUCUAUUUCCUUCCUGCCUCUGUGUCCUCGGCUACUGCGCAAAACUUGAUGUCUGCGUUGGGUUCUAACGGCAAUCUAUCUACUCUGAGCUCCCUUAUUUCAACCGACAGUGAGCUCCUUCAAACAGUUGAAUCUGUGGACAAUAUCACUAUACUUGCCCCCACCAACAAGGCUAUCGAGGAUUUCGAGGAGGGAAAUUCGGCGCGCCUUCGCGAUGGCCGUCUCACUCAAGCUUUAAUGCAGUAUCAUGUCCUUAAUGGCAGAUACCCUUUUGAUAGUAUGAGGGAAACAGGGAUGUUUAUUCCGACAUUGUUGACGGAUGAUGCACAUGUCAAUGUCAGUGGAGGGCAGGUUGUCCAAGCGGUCAGAACCAGCAGCCAUUCACAAAAUGCGUCUAAAAUAUCAGAAGAUAAAGUGGAAUUUUACUCAGGCUAUAACUCAAAAUCAACCUUGGUGGAUCCUGACAUCGGAUUCGAUGGCGGCCUAAUUCACACCAUAGAUUCCAUGCUCGUUAUUCCCCGCAAUGUUACCGAAACAUCUCUCGCUGCUGGCCUUACAUCGCUUGUUGGAGCAGUUCGUGUGGCUGAAUUCCAAUGGAAUGAAUGGAGAAAUGCCACAUAUUUUGCCCCGAACAAUGAAGCUUUUCGCGCCGUUUCGUCAGUGCUGGCAAACAUGACAAAGGAGGAGCUACAUACGACAUUAAUGUAUCAUGUUAUCAAUGAUACUCUUCCUAUUUAUACAAGAAGAAUUAGCCAUGCUGAUUGGAUCACUACGACUGGCACAAAUAUCACCUUCACUUUGGCAAGUGACGGCACCAUAUAUGUCAAUUCCGCUGCUAUUAUCCGACCUAACGUAUUAGUGGCAAAUGGUGUCCUCCAUGUCAUCGAUAAGUGA